CCCAAUCACGCUGAAACAUUUCAGCGCCUUUCCUCCGCGUUUCACCACACGCCGCCUGCACCCAAACCCUAAUCACAUUUUCUCACAGACAAUUUAACAAACACCUUAUCUCCUCUCCACUCAUAUCUCAACCACACACAUUCCAAGCAACCCUCUUCCGCAUAUCUAUCUACAAUCAUUUCUCUCUAUCUCAUUUACACAUCAACAAAAGAGAUCUUUCCUUUUGUCGUACUAAUUUCAAAUCUCCCAGCCAUUCAAUUUCUUAUCCUCCCCCAAAUUCAAUUAACCCAAAAAAAAAAGGGUUUCUUUCAUCUUCCUCUUGUUGUAUGGUGUGUAUAAAUAAUAUACACCUUAGCUCGCAGCAAUGGCCGUAGCUUACCCACGUUUCUUGGCGUCCGACGCCGCGGUCGACCCACCGGCGCUAAUGGUUCCCUCCGCCGCCCCUCCGCCGUGCCCUCCCGUCGUCCUCACGCAGGACGUGAAGAAGAUCGCCGCUUACAAAGCCGUGGAGCACGUGAGAUCCGGCAUGGUCGUCGGCCUCGGCACGGGCUCCACCGCCAAACACGCCGUCGACCGCAUCGCCCAGCUCCUAAAGCAAGGGAAGCUCAAAGACAUCGUCGGCAUACCCACCUCCAUGAAAACCCACGAGCAGGCGGUCUCGCUCGGCAUUCCCCUAUCGGAUCUCGAUUCCCACCCGGUCAUCGAUUUAGCUAUCGACGGGGCGGACGAGGUCGACCCGAAUUUGAAUCUGGUCAAAGGCCGCGGCGGCUCUCUACUCAGGGAGAAAAUGGUGGAGUCCGCCAGCAAGAAGUUCGUCGUGAUCGUCGACGAGUCGAAAAUGGUGGACUACGUCGGCGGUAGUCGGCUGGCUAUGCCCGUGGAGGUUAUCCCCUUCUGCUGGAACCACUCGUUGAAGAGGCUCGUCGAUUCGUUCGGCUGCGUCGGUGAACUAAGAAUGUCGGCCGGGUGUACGGACAAGGCGUACGUGACCGAUAACGGGAACUAUAUAAUUGACUUGUACUUUGAAAAGGAUAUCGGCGAUUUGAACGAGGCGAGUGAUCGGAUUCUGAGGCUGCCGGGUAUAGUCGAGCAUGGGAUGUUCGUCGGAUUAGCCACGUCGGUUAUUGUGGCCGGAGUCGAUGGUGUGACUGUUAAGACUAAAGUAGGGAACGAGUUUGAGGUUGAUUCCUUUUGUUACAAUGAUUUGAGGAACGGGUUUUAGUUUUUCUGAUCGAAUUUUAUUUCGGGGAAUCUUGAUUGGUGUUUUAGUUUAGUAACGGGGGGUUGAUUUUUAGGUGCUUCCGUUUAUGAUCAGUUCUUGGAAUUGGUUAUUUAAAUGGAGUUCUUGGAAUUUUGUAUUUGUUGCAGUGUGCCUGGAUUUAAUCGAAUAUUAGUUACGAAGUUUUGGAUUAUUUUUUUUUCGUUUGCCUUCGUUGUUAA